AUGUCGGCGUCACACGGCCGUAUGGUUGAUAAACGACAAGCGUUGAUUUUAUGCGAGAGGAUGUUUCGACGUGAUUUGCAAAAGAACGCGACACGUCAAAGUCCUCCUGCCGUUAACUUUUCUAUACUCUCAGAAACAAUCCCGCGAGUAUUGUCGGCAAAAAGAUGUGAACUGGAUCUUAACUUCCCCGAAUCCAACACUCUUGGCGUUUUUUCCGUACGAUCUAUCCUGGACACACUGAGGACCAGCCACUCGCAAAUACUGGAUGUCUUCAUGACUGCGCUGAAUCAAAGCCAAGACUUAGGAGAAAAGACAGGGCUAGAAAAAAUGGAAACUGAUGAAGAAGUGAUUCAAUGGAACUGGAACAGUAUGGAUAGAAAACAGCGUAAUUUUCUUGCAAUCGUAUCAGUAUUAGUAUUAAUUGAUAAUCGAAAAUUUGCAUCUUCAGCAUUCUCAAGUAUGCCUAUACGCGGGAAUAAAGGUAUUCGUUAUUCAAAUACAACCCAAAAGAUUGAGUUCCAUCAAGAGAAUCAAUAUACAAAUAUUAAACUACAGAAAAUUUUUUCACUUGUAGAGAAGAAGGUGGCAGAAAGAAACUGUGAGGAUUACAAUGAGGAGAACAAGAGGAAAACUGAAGACAGUCUUGCUAUAACUUCAACAAGAGUUACCCCGAACAUUAAAAGAUAUUUGCCUGGGCCAAGUGGAACCUCAAAUAACACCUCGGAUACUGAGGAAGUCAAGAGAAAAUCUGGAUCAUGGUGA